AACUCAUAAGUUAUGGUCUUUCAAAAAAAAACUCAAUAGGUUUUGGUAACCGAACCAAUCCCAGUCUUCAGCGUAAGAACAAGAACGGUGAAUGGCCUCAUCGUCGUCCGUCGCUUCAGUUCCCGUAAUCUACGAAGACGAAGAACUGAUGAUGGAUGGGUUCGAAUCGGGUUGGGUGGAGCCCCAAACUCACUGCGAUCACCUCGCUUCAUUAUCCUCUGACCUGGCUCACAUCCCCGUCCCCGUCACUCCCUGCAACGAGUGCCAACAUCCGAGGGAGAACUGGCUAUGCUUGAGCUGCAAGCAAGUUUUCUGUAGCCGAUUCGUGAACAAGCACAUGGUCGAGCACCAUCAACGGACGAAUCACCCCAUAGCACUUAGCUUCAGUGAUUUAUCAGUGUGGUGUUUCUCCUGCGAUGCAUAUUUGGAUGCACCGGCCAUUCCAGCGCUGCGGAUUGCUCAUUGGACUGCAUAUGUGCUGAAAUUCGGGGAAGCUCCUCCGCUCCCUAGUAAUGAGUUUCUGCAUCUGGAAUAACAAGCCUGGGACUUCUAGCUCUGGAAAUUGAUCUAUUUCACAUUUUGACUCUGAUUCGAGGGAUGUGCUGAAAUAAAAGUUGUUAGAGACAUUUAUGGUUCAUGUAUUCUGCAAUGCUGCUUAUAUAUUUUUAAGCUAAAAAUGUCUGCAAUGGAUGUGCUAAAUUUUUAAACAACUUGAUUUUGACUGAACUUUCUUCAACUG